AGUAUGGCCUCCGAACUAUCGCGGCCAUUACUCUUGCCCCAGAAUCGAAAAUUACGGCAUCUGCAAGGGAUAUACCUGCGGAAUCUCACUCUUUCCCGGCCACGCGGCAAGACAAUUGACGACGCAGCUCUCAAUAAAACUCCUCAGAAGCUCGAAGCUCUGCGCGAACCACAGCUCCACCAUGCGCAAUCGUCAGGAGACCUGCGACCACCGAAACUGCGAAGGAGAAGUACGAAUUGGAGUGGUGCCAGCCCGGAUCUGCGGCAAAAGAAGCUCGAAGAUGUCAUCGACAGCAGGACAGCCGAUACGUUCUUUACACUGCAUGCGAAGGGACAGGAGGACCCGAUAUACAUCAGCGAGGUUGUGGAAAGGGCUAUGAAUCCUACGUUUCGAUUCUUUGAUCUCUCCGGAUUUGGGCCCGCGACGACGAGACUCGAUACUUUUACAAUCAGGUUAUGGGUCAAGAGACAAGACUUUGUGCCUCUUAUUGAAGAAGAAGUCAGUCUACAGUCGCUGCAGUUUGUUGGGACUCUGGAAAACCACCCUUUUCUACCGAAUUGUAUUCUGUUCCACCUCAUCGAUGGAAUCUACACAAUUGAUCUCGCGUCAAAACCACCGAACCCGAAACACGCUCCCUCAUUACCCACAUCAUCAUAUAGUGCGCUCAUGCGCCUGUCCAAUCUUGACGAAUCGAUUCAAGAUGCUCUCGCCACCCGCGAAGAAUUAGCUGCUCAAAUCAACGAAAUUCUACUUUCGAAUCCUGUGGAUGAAUCCCCACAAGCAGAGGAGGAGGUGGCUCUUGCAUCACGCUACGUAGCUUCUGAACGCAAGUUGCUCAAAAACUCCAUACGCAGGCGUGCCGAGCUCAAAACCUCAAUAUCAUCACGCACGGAAGCUAUUAAGACCGGUAAAGAACUACAACUGAAAUAUCUGGAGGAUAUAAACAACGCCCAAGACAAACUCUCGAACUGCAAAACACUCUUACAAACCACCACAUCCGAAAUUCAUGGCCAGAGAAGACGAAUAUGCGAAGAGCUUCUCGCCAUCUACCCCAUAGAAGCAACAACCCACACCCUCCUCUUCACCAUCUGCGGCCUUCCCCUCCCGAACUCCAUCUUCGAAGACGCAGAUGAAGACAUCAUCUCCGCAGCCCUUGGCUAUGUUGCCCGUCUGGUAGACUUGCUACAAUAUUACCUCUCAGUCCCGCUUCCGUACCCAAUAACUUCAUAUGGCUCUCGCUCAAUAAUACAAGACUCCAUCUCCAUCCUGCAGGACAAUCAGCGCAUUUUCCCCCUGUACAUGAAGGGCACAGUCCGCUUCCGGUUCGACUACGGCGUCUUCCUUUUAAACAAGAACAUUGAACGGCUAGCCGAGAGCCAAGGGUUAAAAGUAAUGGAUAUUCGACAGACGCUCCCGAAUCUCAAAUACGUACUUUAUGUAUGCAGUGCAGGGAGCAGCGAGUUACCUGCUCGCAAAGCAGGCGGGAUAAGGGGGCUAAUAACUGGGAGGGAGGUCGAGAUCGGGAGUCGGAGGGGGAGUGCGGAUUCCGGAAUUGUAGGGGCGCAGAGCGAGGCUGUUAGGAAGGCGUUGGAGAAUGGCAGUGCAGAAGCCAAAGGUGUGAAGCUUGAUGUUGGCAAAGGGAACAGAGAUUUUAAUAUGGCGAGUGUGCCAUUUAGAGAUACGCAUGUGCAGAGUUUGAGGACGAGGGGAUUGAGGGAGAAUAUCAAGAGAUGAUUUGCUGAUAGUAAUGAUACCACAUGAGCAUUGUUUUGACCUUGCUAUCAUUGUCUCUCUUGAUUAGAACUUGAGGCGGAACGUCAUGUUUUGCACGCACGAUAUUGAACAGCGCGAGAAAAUCUUGU